GCGGCCGAGCCACGGAUGGGCGCGUCCAUCCUCCGCUUGUUCUUCCACGACUGCUUCGUCAAUGGCUGCGACGCGUCGAUCUUGCUCGACGACACUGCGAGCUUCACCGGCGAGAAGAACGCCGGGCCGAACGCCAACUCGGUGCGCGGGUACGACGUCAUCGACGCCAUCAAGGCCCAAGUCGAGGCGUCCUGCAGCGGUGUCGUCUCCUGCGCCGACAUCGUCGCCCUGGCUGCACGGGACAGCGUCAACCUGCUCGGGGGCCCGACGUGGACGGUGCAGCUCGGCCGCCGCGACGCAUUGAACGCAAGCCAGAGCGCGGCGAACUCCAACCUCCCGGGGCCGGGUUCCAGCCUUGCCACCCUCAUCACCAUGUUCGGCAACAAGGGGCUGUCGCCACGGGACAUGACGUCGCUGUCCGGCGCGCACACCAUCGGGCACGCCCGGUGCACCACAUUCCGCGACCGCAUCUACAACGAUGCCAACAUCAAUGCCUCGUUCGCGGCGCUCCGGCAGCAGACGUGCCCGCAGUCAUCCGGCGGCGACGGCACGCUCGCGCCCAUCGACGCGGCGACGCCGGACAAGUUCGACAACUACUACUACCAAAACCUCAUGAGCAGGCAGGGCCUUUUCCACUCCGACCAAGAGCUGUUCAACGGCGGGUCGCAGGAUGCGCUGGUGAAGAAGUACAGAGGCAAUGCUGGCAUGUUCGCCGCCGACUUCGCCAGGGCGAUGGGGAGGAUGGGCAGCCUCAUGCCGUCGGCAGACACGCCCACGGAGAUCAGGUUGGACUGCAAGAAGGUCAACUAAUGUCAACUGGACGACGAAUCUUUGCUGAGGGCCGUCCGCGAUCAAUAUCCAGUCCAG